UGGUAAGGCAGCGUGUAUAGUCGCUGUUUGAACGUUAAGCAGAGCCCUGUACCUCUUGCCCUUGACCAUGUCUCAAGCGGAGAAAAAGCAGGCCGACCAACAGAAGGCAGACGAAGAGCGUCUCGAGCGCGAGCGGGCCAGCGGGAACAAGCUCUGGGGCGUCUACAUCUCAGAGGCGGAGAGCUACGAUAAAGGCCUCAUCGAGGGGUGGCGCAGCGAGAUGGAUGGUCUGCUUAUUUUUGCGGGUCUAUUCUCCGGCGUCGUCACGACAUUCAUUAUCGACAGCUACAAGACGCUGAACGCCGACCCAGGCAGCCAGGCCGUUGCGCUCCUCAGCCAGAUCUCGCUCCAGCUCGCGAAUAUGAGCAGCGGGGCUGCGAUGGCGGAGACACUGCCUCCCGCUGCGGCGUUCUCGCCCCCGGUCUUCUCCCUCGUCUGCAAUGCACUCUGGUUUAUUAGCCUCGCACUCGGCUUGUCGAGCGCUCUCGUCGCGACUCUGGUCAAGCAGUGGGCGCAGGAGUACCAGCACCGCACAUCGAUGUUCUCCUCCCCCUCCGUCCGGUCGCGUGUGUACAUGUAUCUUUACUACGGUUUGCGCCGCUUCAAUAUGCAUGCCGUUGUUGGUGUUCCCCCGCUUCUGCUGCACUUGUCACUGCUCCUGUUCCUUGCGGGUCUGGUCGCGUUUCUUGUGCCCGUCAACGUCAUCAUCAUGGGAAUCUCCUCCGCUCUUCUGUUCCUCUUC